GAUUGUGAGACGUUUCCGCAAAGAUACUCGAAGGAACUGCUGUAGAAUUUUGGUCACAGAUACUGAAAUGAAUAGUAUCGCGUACGGUCCUUUAUCGCCUACUUUUCCUCAACGUUAAGUUUAUACUCCUUGGGAGAAUUGGGCCUGGAGUAGUGAAUAUCUUGUCUGUAGCCUGUACGGAAUAUAGACAUCUGGACAGAUUCGCUCUAGGACACACGUUUAUGAUAAUGCGUCUCAAUGAGGCGGCUUAAACUAAGAAGAUGUCCAAAUUGAAAUAGUAACCUACCAUAUGAGGACUGUAUGUAUGUUUUUUUAAAUUAUCACACAAUUUUCAUAAUGGUAAUGCGAUUUAUUUAUUUUUACAAGCAAUGUAUGAAAAGUUAUGGUAAAACUCGAGUCGCGCACUUUCCAUGCCUAAAACAAUCACACCGCAAACAAUAACCAGGAGUGUGACCGCAGAAUCUCAACGAACAUACAAGUCGCCCCACCCCUAGGCCAGAGCAUCUUCUGUGAGAUUGGUCCAUAACGUUCCCGUUUUAAUGGUGCGACCUACAACUGCAACUAAUUGGCGUAGUAAGCACAACUUUGUCAGUGCCGUGAAAAUUCCCUUCAGUUUCACGGAAUAAAUGUUUUUACAAGACGAGCAGCCGAGGUGCACACUUUCCACUUACCACUCGCCGGCCAUGAAGAACAUGUCUUUCUGGCGGCUAGAGAAGCGGAGCUCCAGCAAACCGGAUCAUGGGACGUCUUGCCCGAGCAGUGCCGAGACUCACUUUCCCACUUCCAAAUCAGACAACUACAAAGCCAUGGUCUCGAUGAACAAUUCUUUGGAUGUUUACAAUUACAAGACGCUGGCUUACUCCGGUGGAACGUUGCCGAGAAACCGCAGAAAGGUGGCGUCGCAGAUGUGGAACUCCAUGACGCACUCGCCUGAGCAGCACAGGAAGGUCAUUGUUUUGGAGAAAGAAGAUGAGGAGGCGUUUGGCUUUGAGAUCCAGACCUACGGUCUCCAUCACACGGACGAGACGUCGGUGGAGAUGUGCACGUUCGUCUGUAAGGUGUGUCCUGGCAGCCCCGCCCAUCGUGCGGGCCUCAGAGUUGGAGACACCAUCUCAGGUGUCAACGAGGCCAGCGUCGAUGGGUUUCGACAUAAGGAAAUCGUUCAGCUGAUAAGAUCCUCUGGCAACACCAUCAGGCUGGAGACGGUGUACAGUGACUCCUUACGGAAGGCUGAGCUGGAGGCCAGACUGCAGUAUCUACGGCAAACCUUGCAGGAGAAGUGGGAUGAAUAUGAGUCUCUUAUGAAACAGGAGCAAAAGCUUCUGCAUGGCAUUCUAAUGAGCGAUGAGGCGGUCUCAGAGUCCAAGGCCCUGGCGUGUUUCAACGUGGGCAACCCCAGCCCCGUCCCCAGCCCCGCCCACCUCCACCACCACCAGCUCACCCACCAUCCCGCCCACGUCCCCACCAGCGCUAGCAGGAGCGCUAGCAACGUUAGCACCGCAACAGCAGCUAGCCCGCACAGCCACGCCUCCCCAUGUCCCAGCAGCCGCCCCAGCGCCGGCUCCACAGAGGAGCGGCUUCCUGGAGGCGCCCACAGGGCCAGCGGCCUCUUCGCCGCCGCCAAGACCAACCUCACCCGCAGCGCCAGCACCCGCAGCUACCUGCGGGGGGCGGCGGGGCACGGCGCGUCUGAGAAGCCGGGCGGUGCCAGCCAGGGUCUCUACGGCUCCCUGCCGCGGCGGGCCAAGCAGAACAGUUUGUGCAGACAUCUGCUCAGGUUCAUUCCAGGACUCAACAGACCCCUGGAGGAGGAUGAGAACAAGCUGUGACAACCAGACCGCACCUUACCUCAUCUCAAAUCUUACUCCCGCUCAAAUAUUACCAUGUCUGAAAUCUUAACCCAUCCCAAAUCCCACUCCAUCCCAGAUCCCACUCCAUCCCAAAUCUUACCUCAACCCAAAUCUCAUCCCACCCCAAAUCUUACCCUAUCAAAAAUCUCACGCCAUCCCAAGUCAGACCUUGCUCCAUAUCCAACCCCAUCUGAAUUCCUGCCCCAUUUUAAAACCCAUCCCUUCCCAUACCCUGUGGCAGGGUCUGUAGUGACCUCUUUGGCCUCAGUAAGGGUUUGUAAAAUUACUUUUGUGCUGCACAUGCCUUUUUCCAUUUUUUAUGCAGGUAUUUAUUUAUUCCGUGUUUUUGUAGAACUUUUUUUCUUUUGUAAUAAAGACAAAAAAUGCCAGCUGGUCGUGCUGAUCCUGUAAGAGUAACCUUGUUAUGAGAUUAUGAAUGGCUCUUUUUUUUUCCUUCAAAAGUGAUGAGCAAAUUAAAGUGGAUCACUGGAAAGUU